CCAAACCCUAGUUCGCUUUGUUAAAACCCUAAUGAGGUAUGUAUUGAUGAUCUGAUUUCGCUUACACAGCUCCGACGACGUCUACCGUAAGAGAAGAUACAAAUCCAAUCGGAGAUGGGAAUACCUGCAUUUUACCGUUUUCUGGUUGAAAGGUACCCAAAGUCUGUCGUUAACGUGGUCGAAGAAGCUCCCUUUAAGGACGUAGGUGCACCAUUCAAUCUUUGUAGGCCUAACCCAAAUGGGUUUGAAUUCGACAAUCUCUAUCUUGAUAUGAACGCAAUCAUUCAUCCAUGUUUCCACCCUGAAGGCCUGGAACCCCCGAAGACGUACGAUCAAGUUUUUAAGGCUGUUUUUGAGUAUGUUGAUAGAAUAUUUUCGAUCAUUAGGCCUCGAAAACUUCUUUUCAUGGCAAUUGAUGGUGUUGCGCCACGGGCUAAGAUGAAUCAACAACGUUCAAGACGAUUUAGAGCUGCUAAAGAUGCAGCCGACCAAAUGACUAAGAGACAGAGAGCAAUUUUUUUAAAAGGAACAAGUAGGGUGCAAACUGAGACACAGGAUUCAAAUGUGAUCACACCUGGAACUGUAUUCAUGUCAUUGCUGUCUUCAGCCCUUCAAUAUUAUAUACACCACAGGAUGAAUAUGGAUUCUGGAUGGAAGGGAAUCAAGGUUAUUCUUUCAGAUGCCAGUGUGCCGGGAGAGGGGGAGCAUAAAAUAAUAUCCUACGUUCGCUUGCAAAGAAAUUUGCCUGGGUUUGAUCCAAAUACACGACAUUGUUUGUAUGGAUUGGAUGCAGAUUUAAUCAUGCUUGCACUUGCAACACAUGAACUUUAUUUUUCAGUGCUGAGAGAGGAUGUUCGCAAGGCACAAUCAGAUGAUAAAAGUGAUCAACAAAACCCUUCUUUUCACGAGGAGGCAUUUGAUAUGAGUGUCACCAACUUCAUAAAGAGGCAGAAAUUUCAGUUUCUCCAUGUAUGGAUACUUAGAGAAUACUUGGCACAUGCGUUGAGAAUACCAGAAGUCGAACCAGACCUCGAACGUUCGAUUGAUGAUUUUGUCUUCAUGUGCAUGUUUGUGGGGAAUGAUUUUCUACCACAUGUACCAUCUUUAGAGAUAUCUGAGGGAGCUAUUGAUUUACUUAUGACUGUCUACAAGAAGGAAUUCAAGCAGAUGGGGGGAUAUCUUACAAAUGGUUUUGAGGUGAAUCUGGAACGAGUGCAACACUUUAUACAAGCAGUUGGUGCCCAUGAGAAUGCCAUACUCUUGAAGCGUUUACAGGUGCAGAAGAAAAGGGAACUGCAAUUUGGUCAUUCACAUACUAAUUCCUACGCGAAUAGACGUAAAGGCUCUGUCUCCAACGAUGCAAUAUCUUUAAUAGACAAGGUUAGACUUGGAGAAGAGGGGUUCAAGGAUAGAUAUUAUGCUGAGAAGUUUGGUGCUGGAACUGAAGAGGAUCUUGAGAGAGUUCGGAAACAAGCAGUUCAGAAGUACAUUGAAGGGAUCUGUUGGGUCAUGCAUUAUUAUUACCAAGGAGUGUGUUCUUGGCAAUGGUUUUAUCCAUAUCAUUAUGCCCCAUUUGCUUCAGACUUAAAUGACCUUGAUCAGUUAAAGAUUGACUUUACACUUGGAAAACCGUUCAAGCCAUAUAACCAGUUGAUGGCUGUGCUGCCUGCUGCAAGUGCACAUGCACUACCCUUGUUUUAUAGGGAGCUAAUGACAAAUCGAUCUUCUCCAAUUUCUGACUUCUAUCCCACUGACUUUGAGCUAGACAUGAAUGGAAAACAACAGUCUUGGCAGGCUAUUUGCAAACUACCAUUUAUUGAAGAGUCUCGGCUUCUUCUGGAGACUGCAAAAGUGGAGCACAAAUUAAAUGCUGAUGAAAGGAAGAGAAACAGAUUGGGCAUGGAUAUACUGUUUGUUCAUGAAUUACAUUCUUUGGCAAAGAAGAUUAUUCCAUUUUGUGAAAGAAAUAAAGGUAAUCUGAAAUUAGCCUAUGGUAAAGUGAAGCGGAAAAUCAACCCUAAGGCAAGUGGAGGUAUGAAUGGGUAUAUGUACAUUUCUGAGAAGCCAGUGUGUCCUGUAGAAAUCCCUUCACCAUUUACUGGCAUGGAGCUGAUUACAGGGAAUAAAGUCAUAUCUGUAUAUUAUAAAUGUCCAUCUUCCCAUCCUCACAUUCUAAUGUUGCCAACAGGAAUUUUUAAGACUGAGAAGACUAUCAGGAAUCGUGAUAUCAAACCUCCACCUGUUCUAUGGCAUGAGAAGUCAUCAUGCUGGAUGGGACGCGUGGAAGUAGAAAGGGCCAUCCCCAAUGGUGUAUCAGGUCCUUGUCUGGCAAAAUUUGCUCACAGGCUUAUUUCCCAGAAAUACCCUCCUGCUAGACGUGUUGGUUUCCGUAACUUGGUUUCUUUUCUUGAGAAGCAAAUAGGAAGUCAACAUGAUGAACCCAACAAAAAUAGUAAGAAGAGAAAGAAAAGAAACAAAGCUACGAAGGAAAAAUCGGAUGAUGCUGUUGUUACUGGGAAAUGUGAUGAUCCCACAAAAAAGAGCCUGAAGAAAGUGGAAUUGAAAUGUAACCCAGACGGAAAUAUGCCUGUUUAUACUGACUUGCUAAACCUAGUUAAUGGAAAUCACCAUGAUGAACCCAACAAAAAUAGUAAGAAGAGAAAGAUAAAAAACCAAGCUACGAAUGAAAAAUCGGAUGAUGCUGUUGUUACUGGGAAAUGUGAUGAUCCCACAAAAAAGAGCCUGGAGAAAGUGGAACUGAAAUGUAAGCCAGACGGAAAUAAGCCUGUUUCUACUGACUUGCUAAACCUAGUUAAUGGAAAUCACCAUGAUGAACUCCUCAAAAUGAGUCAGAGAAGGAAAAUAAACCAAGUCAGUGAUGCUGAUGCCGAAUCCGCGAGAAAGGUGGAACCAAAUCAAGUCAAUGAUGCUGAUUCCUUGAGAAAGGUGGAACUGAAUCAAGUCAGUGAUGCUGGUGUUGAUUCCGUGAGAAAUGUGGAACCGAACCAAGUCAGUGAGAGUGUAGUUAGCCUGGAUGACGAGAAUUGUAAGACUGGCGUGAAUGUGCCGGUUUCUACUGGCUUACUAAACCUAGUUAAUGUAAGUCAACAUGAUGAACCCAACAAAAAGAGUAAGAAGAGAAAGAAAAGAAACCAAGCUACUACUAAUGAAAACUCCGCUGCUGCUGCUGUUACCGUGAAAUGUGAUGAUCCCACUAAAAAGAGACAGGAGAUAGUGGAAGUAAAUUGUAAACCAGACGGAAAUGAGCCUGUUAAUACUGGCUUACUAAACCUAGUUAAUGUAAAUCACCAUGAUGAACCCGUCAAAAAGAGUCUGAGAAGGAAAAGAAACCAAGCUAGUGAUGCUGAUUCCGUGAGAAAGGUGGAACUGAACCAAGUCAGCUUGGAUGCGGAGAAAUGUAAGACAGACAUGAAUGAGCCGGUUUCUACUGGAUUACUAAACCUAGUUAAUGAAAUUCACCAUGAUGAACCCGACAAUAGGAGUCCUAAGAGAAUGAAAAGUAACCAAGCUAAUGGAAAAUCUGAUGAUAAUGCUGAUCCAGCGGAAAAUAUGCAGGAGAUAGUGGAACCAAAUCAAGUCACUGGAAAAUGUGAUGAAGUUGGUGUAAGCCUUAUAUGAUAUUGUUCUUAAGAAGAAGAAAAGCAAGAGAAAAAAACAAAAUUGCUACUGAAAACGUCAAGGUUGGUCUAAGAGUUCAUUGAUCAAAAUUUUGCCUGCUUUUGCGCAAACAUGUCCUCAGUUAAGUCUGCGCAUAUUUUUGUUCUAUGUUAGAAGAUUUUUUUUGACAAAAGGAUAUAUUAUUAUCAUCAUCAUCAUGAAUCAUCUCUCCUUCAGAUUUUGAACUUGGAUUUUAGAUUAAAACCAAAUAGAAGAUGCAAUUGUGUUAGCUGUUUUAUUUGUUGUAUUUCUUUGCCCUUGUUGGGGGCAAUAGAUGCCCUAAUAGUGGACACAAUUCAUUCUCUUUCAAGCCCUUCAUUUAUUUACUUCUCUUUUUCUU